AUGAGAAAUGAAAAUUAGAAAAAUAAAGGUAAAAAGAAGCGGAGUUAAGAAGAAAAAAAAAAAAAGAUGAUUCAAAAAUAAAAAAAGGAGAUAUUUUCAAAAUGA